CUCCCAGCGUCGUCGUCGUGCACACCACCGUCACAGAAACGGCACUUUCAAGUCGUCCGAUUCAUUUCAGUCCGGUCCGGCCUGGGUCGUUCGUUCAGUUUUGUGUCGACCAUCGUCUCGAUCUGCACACCGUUUUCUCAUAACUUGAUUUUCUUCCCACGUAGACAUAUUAUACUUACCUGUAGCAAAAAUGUUUCGACGCACAAUACUCCUAUUCAAUUUAAGAUCCAACUUGUUGCACCAAAGGAACCAAUCUACUGAUGUUGGAUUCAUUGGGAUUGGAAAUAUGGGCGCUCGUAUGGCGACCAAUAUGAUCCAAAAGGGAUUGAAAUUAAAGGUUUUCGACGUUGUGCCGAAUGCGGCAAAAUCGGUAGCGGGGGCGACAGUUUGUUCAUCUCCUAAAGAAGCAGCUCAAGGAUGCAAAGUGGUUAUUACAAUGUUACCUGAUGGUGGGAUUGUUAAAGAAACUUUAGAAGGAAAAAAUGGAAUUAUGGAAGGAAUUGACAAAAACGGUCUUUACGUAGAUUGUUCUACAAUCGAUUCAUCGGUAGCUCAAGACUUGUAUAAAACCGCAAAAUCGAAUGGAUUUAGAUUUUUAGACGCUCCAGUUUCCGGUGGCGUAACAGGUGCGCAAGCAGCGACUUUAACCUUUAUGGUUGGAGGCGAUAAAGCCGAUUUGGAUUUUGUCGAACCAAUACUUUUAAAAGCCGGCGCAAGAGUGGUUCAUUGCGGUGAACCCGGUGCAGGUCAAAUAGCUAAAGUUUGCAAUAAUUUAUUAUUAGCAGCUAGUAUGACCGCAGUUUCAGAAGCGAUGAAUUUAGGUAUUAAAAUGGGAUUGGACGCAAAAGUUUUAACAUCAAUUAUUAAUUCUUCAACCGGAAGAUGUUGGUCUUCAGAAACUUACAAUCCAGUACCCGGAUUAAUGCCGAAUGUUCCUUCUUCAAACGGCUACAAAGGUGGUUUCAUGAUGAAAUUGACCGCUAAAGAUUUAGCAUUGGCACAAAAUACCGCUCUUAGGUGUGGCGCUCCUCUUCCGAUCACCGCCGUUGUUCAUCAAAUUUAUAGGGUGAUGAUGACUCAGGGAUAUGGAGACAAGGACUUUUCAUCCACUUAUGAAUUUUUCAAAGGCGCAAAAUGAUUUCUAAUUUGAAUACAAAAUUAAAUAAAAUAAUGAUAAUGAAAUGACUAUGUGGUUUUAAAAAAUGAUGGAUUAUAAAGUAUGUAAAUUAAUUAUUUUAGGCAUGAAAUUUUCUUUGUCUUCUUUUAAACUGAUACUUGUUAGGUUUAAGUAAAAUUUUAAUAAUAAACUAUUUUUCUUCAAA